AUGAUGAUGAAGCAAAAACAAGUGAAGAAAACAAGAACCUUGCCACUGCAAAAUUCUCCACCACCACCAUCCGUGGAAUACCAAUACCCAUCACCUAAUAGUGAUCAAUAUUAUUCCACAGCCACUACUUUUGUCACCAAAAAGUCACCUACUCAAGUGGAAUUCCCUACCUCACCACAACUCAUAUUUGGUGAAGAAAUCAUUCACUGCAGUCACCCACAACACCCUUUGUUAAUGAUUGACAUCAAAGACCUCUUUACUUGCACAGGAUGCAAGGAAUAUGGUUCUGGCAAGAGGUUUGUUUGUCAACAAUGUGAUUUUCAGCUUCAUGAUUUCUGUGCCAUGGCUCCUCCUGCCCUUAAGGCUCAUCCUUUGCACUCCCAACACCCAAUGUUGUUCCAUUCCAAACCAGGGAAAAGCGGGAUGGCUAAAUCGAAAUGCGACGUUUGUGGGAAACCGACAAAAGGUUUUGCCUUCUUAUGCAUUGCAUGUGCGUUUCAGAUGCAUCCAUGCUGUGCUAUGCUCAACACAGAAAUUGAAUAUGCACCACAUCCACACACACUCAGAGUCAUGCCAACCACCCCCGUGACCACAACACCAUCAAGUGGAGAUUCUGGUGGCGUUGUUUGUGGUGAGUGCAAGAAGAGAAGGUCAGGGAAAGUGUACCGUUGCACUGUUUGUGAUUACCAUCUUCAUGCAGUUUGUGCAAAGAGCAAGAUUAAUGGGCUCCAAGCUAAUGGCAUUAAGCCACCUCAAAAACCAAGCAUGCUUGCUGCUGCUGCUAAAGUUGCUUCCCAAGUUGUUAUUGAAUUCAUUGGAGGCAUCGUUGAGGGUAUUGGAGAAAGUGUUGGUGAUGUUAUUGUUCAAAACAUUGUCAAAGGAAGUUCCUCUGCUACUACUGGACCUCGCUAA